AUGACAGCAAAUCAGCCCGAUACCAGAGAAGGCCGGCCAUAUCGGUCACAUCUUCACCCCGCAUGCUUCUCAUGUCGGAGGCGGAAGUCCCGCUGCAAGACGAGAAACUCCUCGGCUGUAUGCAUUAUGUGCCAAGCUCAUGGCACAGAAUGCAUAUUUCCACGCCCUGAAGACCCCUUGCAACAAGUUCCGACUUUACCGGCAAAGCCAAGAGUCAAUGUCAAACGACGUCCUGCCCACAACAGGCACAAGUUGCAACACACGCAGUCUCACGCUGGACUACAGCCUGUAGCACGAACCCCAGGUCUUGUGGAUCUGGAUGCCGAUCCCAGUCAGAAUGCCGGCCCGGGAUCUGCAGGCCAUACUCAAAUGCCAAGAUUGCCAAACAACGAGCAAAGGACCAAAGACCUGUCCAAUCUUAUGGGCAUUGUGGAGGAGGCUGGGGAUGAUAGCUCUCACAUUGUCAGCCCUGCGGUUGCGGAGGAUAAUGAGAUCCUGGAGAAUUAUCUCUCUGCUGUUCCGACUGCAAAGAGAGGAUGUUUGAUACGCACGGGGUCGGCUUCGAACUGCUCGCUCAGGCCUGUGCGCUUCAAUGUUGUGUCGAGGAGGCCUUUGGGUGUAUCUACUACGCAGUCCCUUGCGGCAUCGAAGUGUGAGAUCAUUGAGAAAUAUAUGGACCCUGACGUGGACGAAUACUUGAACAUGUUCUUCCAGAAAGCUAAUACGUGCUUCCCGAUAUUUGACGAAGCUUCUUUCAGAAGUGCAUACGCCUCUAACAAAGGGAACAUAUCGUCGGCCUUGCUAUGCAAUCUUUAUGCAAACUCCUUGGUCUACUGGGAAAGUUCACCCAAGCUAGCUUCAGGCCGCACACCCGAUAUUCGAUUUAUUUGGAACCAAGCCAACGAGGCCCUCCAUUCAGAGCUGUUCAUGUCGCCUGGAAUCUCGACAGUCAUGUCCAUAUUGAUCAAUGUCUGCGGCAGACCCAGUACAUCCAUGUUCGGCAACGGAGGGAUGGUGGGAACAGCCGUAGCCCUGUCAAAUGCACUCGGGCUCAACCGAGAUCCCUCGAAUUGGAGCAUAUCUCCACUGGAAAAAAGCCUACGAAUACGCCUGUGGUCACUAGUCCUGAUCCACGACCGCUGGUGCAGCCUAGCGUAUGGCACCCCAUUGCAAGUCCACCGGUCCCAGUAUGAUGUGCCAUUUCCAACAGUGGAUGAUAUCUGCACUGCCUCGGCAUCUCCAUAUCAGAAAGCAACGGCUUCAAUCUUCGUUGCCCUCACGACACUAACAAACGUCCUCGCUCAGUAUCUCGAACACGUCUACAGCGUAUCAAAGACUCAUCCAUCUACAGAAAUGUCAGCGCUGGACCUGGAACGAGUCCUGAGUGAAUGGGAAGAGACUUUGACAGAGGACGUUCGUCGAAUUGCACUUCGGGGAACCCUUCUCAAUGUCCCUGGUGCUGCUAAUUUCCGCCUCGCCUAUCUCUCAGUCAAGCUUCUUCUCCGACGUAUCCAACUCGACUUGGGCCAGGCCUCUGCCCAAGCUGUGCACGAUUCCGUGCCACCAUGUUAUACGAAUGCUCAACGGGUUGCCGAGGAAAUCAUGCAUCUCGUUCAAGAACUCAAUGCCGAUCAAUUAACUGCGUUCUGGCUCCCGGCGCAUGCAUUUUCAAUCACGUCUGCCACAAUGUUCCUGCUGCGAAGUAGUUUGCAUGCAAGACAUCAGCAGCAUAACUUGCCUCUUCAAAUUGCAAGAGACAUGAUUUAUGCCCUUCAGGUGCACAGAGACAACUUCAGUUGGGAUAUUGCAGAUGACUGUCUUUCAAAUUGCAGUGGUUUGGUCGAGAGGUUUGGAUCUGGUAGUCACUUGGAGGGCAGUGAUUUGUCUUUUCUUGAGAGCCCUGAUAUCACGCAGAAUCUGGAUGUAGAUCCAACUGCUUUGGAUCAUCUGCUUUUCGGUGCGCCCUGGUUUCAAAGCGCAUGCGACUUUUAG